AUGUCUUAUUCAAUUCUGGUUUUAUUGUGUAUAUAUACCAACCUUGCCUCUGCAGUAUUGACUACCAAAUCUGAAAGCCUGGGAAGCAAUAUUUCGGCAGCUAAAACCGACAGUAAUGAUCACUUUGUUAUCGUAGGAUCAAAUGAUAUCGCACAUGAGCAGAGUUCUACACAGCGUACUGAGGACAUUAAAAGUCAUGAAGGUAAACCAUUCGAAAAUGUCACACCUGAGAACAAUAAUGUCAAGUGGAACUACAUUAAACAUGGUGCCAACUGGACAAAUGGCACAUGCCAACUCGGAAUGAGGCAGUCUCCCGUUGACCUGCAUGUUGAAGGUUUAGACAACGACCAAUCAAAUAAUCUCAAGAGAGUUUAUGAUGCCAUAUUAAAAGGCGGACUCGCAGAAGAAACAUUUGAGCCAUGGAAGCGUGGUGAUAUUGUUUACACAUAUAAUCACUACAUGUCAUCAUUGCAAAUAUUGAGGUCUCCUAAUCAAUUCAGAAUAACAAUACCAUCAAAUGAAGGUUCCACAUUUGGUGCUUUAUUCACAACUGACAAACCAAACCUCUAUAUGGCAACACAUAUUGAUUUCCAUUCUCCAAGUGAACAUACAUUUGAGGGUUCUGCUAAUAGGAGACAAAUUGAAAUGCAGAUAUGGCAUUAUUUGAGUGAUUCAAAAACUAAUGAUUUGGGUGUCUCCUCAGUAGAUCGACCUGAGACUACAGAAGUGAAUUUAUUGUUGAACAAAAUUGAUGAUAAAAAGGAUAAAGGAACAUGCAAAAAGGGUGUUAAUGCCAAAGAAAACACAAAGGAUGUAGAAUCUGUGCAAAAAAAGGAUGAACCUAAAACUGAUAAGAAUAAGACUGCCUCAGAACCCACUAAACAUGACGCAGAAAUAGGGUUACAUUCUGAGAAAGAACCAGAAAAGGGAACUAAAUUGGCCAAUGGUGAGGAUCAAUCUAAGCUUCAAAAAUUACAUGAACGCGAAUUAGCUGAGAGACUCAAACAUGAGAACAAUCAUCAUACUCUAGAAGAUUUUUUCAAUGAUUUGGAUAAUGGUGAGCCAAGUAUGAUUCAGCUCAGAAACAACAUAGAAAAUGAAUAUACUCAUCCACUAACAACCGAAAAAUCUUCUGCAUAUAAACGCUUAUUUGAAAAUGAACAUUUUGAUCUCUUCAACAAAUAUAUGAUGACUCACUUGAAAAAUUCUUCCAAUAACAGUACUGGAGAGAGAAUGCAUAUAAAGGAGAAGAAUAUGGCUAGGGAUAAGAAUAUGCAUUGGGGACGUUGGGCAGUUAUUUCACUAACCUUUAUGAGUGAGGAAAUAGAAAAAACCAGUAUUGAAAGUCUGAAAACAUUCCCAUCUGAAAGGUUUAUUGAUCAGAUAUUCAGUGCUGGUUCUAGUGUUGAAGUAACGGAAAACAGUGUACAUUCUUCUGUCGGUGAUUUGAAUACUAGUGAUAGCAAACCCGUACCAACAGUUAACUUAACCACACCUGUUAACCUAUCAUCCCUGUUUAUGAUGUUGGAAACAAAAAAUGUUAACUAUUUCGCGUAUGAUGGAUCAUUUACGCAACCUGGAUGCGAAGAAACGGUCAGAUGGUAUGUAGCCAAGGAGUCUCUCCCAAUUUCCACAGAGUUAAUGUUACACUUUCAUCGCAUGUUAAAUCCCAACCUUCACAUCGAGAAUCUUAAUGACUUCGUUGAUAAUUACAGAGAAUUACAAAACGUUAAUAAUAAAAGCAAGAACACAGGUAAAGUUCGUUUUGUCCAUGGGUAUCCCAUGGAAUAUUUUGUCCUGUCCCCCUUUAAGCAUGGCUUUAAACCCCCGGUCUCAAGCUUUAAGUGUUUACAGUCACUACUUCCAUUUGCAAUAUUAAUGGUUAUAUUUUAA